AUGAAGGAAAUGUCCUGCUUCUGCUUGACUUUUUCUUCCUUGUUGGAACAGAUGGUGAAGGUUUACAAAUACGUGACUGGUAUUUUUUCAGUGACUCAUAGCUCAGAGUCACAGGUUUCAGAAGGUGACAAGAAGCUCACCAAGAUGGAUGUAAGCAUACUUGAAGAGCAGUAUGACCAUAUAAAACAGAAGCAAAAACUGCAACACAUAAUUGUAUAUAAAACAGGUGGACAAGAAUGUGUUCUGCCAGAAUCAAUGGUCAACCCUGUUCUAAUUAAUAAGAAAGUUAAAAGAUCAAAGUCAUAUAGAGGAGAUGUUCCUGUCAGAAAGGUUACACUGGACACAAUCAACAGUGGCAACUCAGAAGACGACUUGCUAUGGCGCAUCCACCUGGGAACUCACUGCCUGGGGCAGGCCCCUGGACAAGGAGAUUCCUGGGAUCUUUCCCAUGGCAACAGCACACCAUGGAGUUUUGACAACCAGAGAAUGAUUUCAAUGGGAAAUGGCACACCACAGACCAUGGAAUCAGCAGGAGCAAGUGAACUGUCUCAGCUCAGGCAACUGGGAAGCUCAAGUGUGUUGAACGGUCUCAGCAAAGAGAACAGCUGCAACAUUUCAAGCUCCUGCCAAAAGCCUACUCUGAAAUCAGCCACUGCAGCACUUUGGGCACAUCAGCAGAUUUCUGCUAUAAAAUGCACACCAGCCUGUAACAAACUGAACUUUUACCCUUUCCCAAAUAGGAAAGGGCCCAGAAUUUCUGAAGCAGCAAGGAGGCUUGGUCUAUAUGUCUCACAAUGA